GAUACAGCCAAACUUGCUAGACCCUCAACCCUCUCUUCUUCUUUAAAUACCCUUCCCCACUCCACUAAGCUUACUCGCUCUAUCAUCUGCAGGCCUUAAACUACGCCGUAUUUGCGGGAGCGCGCCGUUUCUUUGGCUAAAUUUCGCUGGGUUUUUUUCCAGCUUCCACCAUGAGCCUUCUCGAUCAGCUCUGGGACGACACCGUUGCCGGUCCCCUUCCGGAAAGCGGUCUCGGCAAGCUCCGGAAGAUGCCGAGCUUGGGCCUCCGGCCAAACCCCGGCAAGGAGUCAGGCGGCGGCGGCGUGAUGAGAUCGCACAGUGAGGAAGCGACGACGGUUGAUGAGAAGAGAGUGACACGGAGUAUCAUGAUAGUAAGACCACCGGGGUACACUAAUGGUUCGUCUACUACACCGCCGGCUUCACCAGCUGGAUCGACCCCUCCCGUGUCUCCUUUUCCUGGAAGCAGAGAGUCCUUUCGGUUUCGAAGGAGGUCUACAUCGGAUGCAUACGAGAAGCCAACCGAGGUUGGACCCAGAAAUCCUACUUCUCCUUACGGCGUGUGAGAUAUGAGCCCUUUACAUCUUCUCCGGCAUCUGUAGUAGUUCUCACCUCCUCGGGUGAUCGUGUCUCCGUUUGUAGCGACGAAGCAGUACUGUAUCCUAGUGUGUGUUUUAGCUGUUUAACAACGCUUUUCGGAUCUCAUGCCCUGGUGUUGAUGGUCUGUGAGAUGUGUCGUAAUUAAGAUGUAAUAUAUGUAGAGAUGGUAUUUCUCAAUGCAGUUUCUUGCUUGUUA